CAAAUGUGACCAAUGACUAUCUCUCAUUGCAAUUUCUUCGCCAAGUGGAAUAAAAUGUAUUUUUUUACGGGAUUAUGUCAACGGUGUGAGGUUUCAGGUGGAUUCUUCAUGAAGUUGUGAAUCCGGUCUAAACUGAAGCCAUGCUGAAAUGGCUUUCCGGUGAAGAGGGAGAGCCUGGCUCUGUAGGUCCAGGCUCCCCCCAUGGUGCUGCUGUUGCUGGUGCAGAGGUUCCUUUAGAAGAAAUGUCGGAGCGGCUCUCCCAAACUGAGCUGCUUGUCACGCAGCUGAAGGAGAUGAUCCGGGAGAAGGAAGCCGCACUUCGCUCCAAAGAUGACCAACUUAAAGUGGAGAAGGACGCGUGUGAGUCCAGACUGUCAAAGCUGCGUCUGCAGAACAAAGCCAAGGUGACCUCCCUCAGCGCACAGCUGGAGGAGCUGAAGAAACAACAGGGAGGUCAGGGCACGCCAACACACGGCAAGAAGGGCUCAUCAGAGGGAGGAGAGUCUGCCAGUCGGGGGAAGAUCGUGUUGCUUAAGAAGAGAGUUGAGGAGCUGGAACACCAGCUCGCACACAGACAGGAGGAGCUGGACAAAGAGAGGAAGGAGGUGGAGGCCCAGCGGCAGCGAGGCGAGGAAAUGGACGGCAUGCUGACGGAGAGAGACAGGAAGCUGGCAGAAAAAGAGGCUUAUAUUGUUCACCUGCAGACGGCGCUGGCAGGAGAUCAGCCCGUCACACCUGCUCCACAACAACAGGUGUCAGAGGACGGGGGAGCGAUGCAGGAGCUGCAGCUGCUGGUGCAGAGCCUCACCAGGAAGGUGGGCGAAGCGGAGGAGCGCUACAGUUUGCUGCAGGAGCAGACAGAGAGCUUCAAAGAGCUGCUGGCCACAGAGAAGGAGCAGUACAUGCAGAAGGAGAACAUGUACAAACAGAACAUCCAGACAUUCAAAGAAAUCAUUCUUCAGAAAGAUAACCAGCUGAUGGAGAUCACCCAGAUGCACGAACAGGAGCUCUUCAAGCUAACAGCAAAGUCUGAUGCCAGUGCAGACUUGGAGCAGCUUUUGAAGGCUCUAAAGCAGAAGCUUCAUGAGAAGGAGGAGGUGCUGCUGGGUAAAACGCAGGUCAUUGAUGUUCUGCAGGGAGAGCUGGAUGGCAGGGACCAACAGAUAAAGGAGCAUUCAGAGCGGCUCCGCCGGCUGCACGUAGAGCGAGAGAGCCUGGAAUCCAAGAUGGAGGCAGAGAAGCAUGUGAUGCGAGCACAGCUUCGCGACCUGAUGGAGAAGCAGCAGGCGGAGGUGCAGCGAGUGACCGAGCAGCAUCAGGCACAGAUGGCCCUAACGGAGCAGGAGCUCCUGGGGCAGCUGGAGGAGAUGAGGAGGGCCUCGGUCGCAGCACCACCUCCCAGUCUGGAGGCCUCAGGAAGUGGAAGCAUGCCUGCAGAUUCAGCCUCCACCCAAAGGAUCGCUGAGCUGGAAGAACGAGCAAAAAAUAAAACAGACGAAGCCAACAGGUCCGAGGCCAAAUUCCUGAAAACGAAAGCGUGGUCUAAGUCUCGGAUCAGACAGUUGGAGGAGGAGUUGAAGAAAAGCCAAGCUGGAGGUGCCCCCCCAGACCUGAACGCCCUGCGCAGUCGUAUCACAGCACUGGAGGAGGAGCGACAGGAAAACCUCUGGAAAGUGGAGCAAUAUGAGGAGCUGAAAGCACAGACCGAAAUGCUGGAGGCUAAGCUGGUGGUGUACGAGGAGCAGCAGAGGACACUACAAGCAGACCUGGAGCAGUUCACCAAGAGGGCAGCCUCUCAGGCCAGUGAGUCCGGCAGCGCUGACGACGCUCAGAGCCAGGUGCUGGAGUGGCAGGAGAUGGUGUCCGAUGCAGUCAGCGCCAGGGACCGAGCCAAGGAGGAGAAGGCCGCCAUGGUCCUCCGCAUGAGCCACAUGGAGGAGGAACGAGAGGCACUGGCCACUCGGCAGCAGGAGUUGGAGGAGGAGCUGACUCAAGCUCGGGGGCUCGGACACCACCGGGCCAAGACGCUGGCAGCUCCGGCCCAACGCAGCCUGCAGGAGGACUUUGAGUUUGACGGGCAGGCUAAUACGGAGAGCACGACCCCGAUGGAGGGAGAGAACAUGGGAGGUUGGUGGCCCGAGUACAGUACUCCUGACACAGGCGGUCUGCGGUCUGUUGUGGAGGAGCUGGAGCUGGAAAGGAAUCAGCUGCAGGAGCAGAUACUGAGCCUGGAGGAACGCUGUCAAGAUCUGGAGGAUCGUCUGCAGCUGCAGGCUCGCAUAGAGGCGUUACAGAAUGAGUCGGAGAGGCUGCAGAGCCAACUGGCCAGCGUCCGGAGUCAACAGAGCAGAGAUGCAGAGAAGCACCAGCUGCUGGUGAGCAGCCUCAACGAGCAGCUCAAAGGACUGAGUAACGCACAGGAGUGCCUGGAAAGCUCGCUCAUCGAGAAGGAGAAUACUUUAGCCAAGACGUCGGAGAAACUCGAGCUCAUCAACGGCCUCCGAGAAUCUUUGAGCGAAAAAGAAAUUCAGUACAAAGAAGUUUCUGACAAGCUGCUUCAGACGGAGCUCUCUCUGGAGAAUGUUUCCAAGAAAUGCAGCAGCUCAGAGAAACAGCGCUCUGAGUUAAAGUCAGAGGUCGUGGACGUCACGCAGAAGCUGAGUGUGCUGAAGGAGAAGACACAAAAGCAGGAAGUCACCAUAGACAGUUUACAAACUGAGCUUGAUCAGACAAACGAGGAGCUGGACAAGUUAAAUUCCGCCCACUUGGAAGAACGAGCCCAACUCAUUCAUGACCUUCAAAGCUGUGAGCGGGAAAUGGACAUACUGAGAGAUGUGCUGUUGGAAAAGGACGAGGAGAUAUCAACCCUCUCUGGCAACAUGGCGGAGUAUGCAGAGCAGGUCACACUGCUGAAGCAGGAUAUCAAACUCAAAGAAGAGAACCUGGUGCGUGUAGAAAGUGCACUGAGUAAGGUAGAGCGGGAGGCCAUGAUUAUCAGAGAGUCUCAGACUUCAGACCAGCAAACCCUGGACAGCAAGAUGACGGAGCUGGUGGAGAAACUGAAGGAUAAUGAGAUGGAGUUGGUCAAAGCCAAAGAGGAAAGAGAGUCUAGCGUGGCUGAGAUGGAACAUCUGAUACAGCAGUCUGAAGAGGACAAGAAAAUGAUCCAGGACCUUCGGGGCCAGAUCCAGAAGCAGAUUGUGAGCCAGCGUAAUCAUCUCUCGGAGUGUGAAACACACAUCACUUCACUGAAGGAACAGCUGACUCUAUCCACCCUGAAGCAGCAGGAGUCAGAAGACCUCCUGCUGCAGCUCAAGGACAAAAACACCAGCAGUGAGCAACUACAGCAACAGCUUCAUGAUGAAGAGCAGAAGUAUGAAAUGGAACUCAAAUCUUUCAAGGAUGAGCAGAACAAACUCCUGUCACAGGUGGAGAAAUACAAUCGUGAAAUGCAGACGUUGUCACAACAGUUAGAGGAGCAAGUCCAGAGCGAGGAGCUCAUCAAACAGGAAAUACAAGAGAAAGUAGAAACCAUAGCAUCACUGGAAGACCAGCUGAAGACCACAGAUAAACAGGCUGAGCACGAGAGGCAGACAUUUAACACUGAAUUACAAAACCGUGAUUCCGAAAAGGAGAAACUGAGCAAUGAACUUGACAGCAAAUCUGAAAAUAUCUCCAAACUCAAGAAUCUAUUAAAAAACAUGAAGACGGAGAAAAAGAAGCUGCAAGAAAAGCUUAAAGCGUUGACUGAGGAGCUUGAGCUGCAAAAGCAGAAUGUAAAUCAACUUAGUGAAAAGAUCACAGCUGCGCUUGAACUCAACCAAAGUCUGGAGACUGGAGCAGAUCGUCUGACGAAGGACAACCAGAGACUUGAACAGGAAGUUACUGAGAGCAGAAAAACUAUUUCAGAAGCUACACUGGAAAAGGAGUCUUUGCAAACCAAAGUGUCCGCAUUGGAAACGCAGCAUUCACAAAACAACGCAAUAAUUGAAGGGCUACAAAAAGAGAAGGAGGAUUUGACUCUCCGCACUAAUGAGUUGAUGCGAGUUGUUGAGCAGAGCUCUCACUCCACCUCAGAGCUUCUGCUGGCAAAAACUAAUGAAUGUAGUAAUCUCAGCCAGUUACUCAGGGACACGGAGGAGAAGGUGCAACGCUUGUCCUCUACAGUAGAGCAGCUCCAGCAUGACGGGGCAGAAAAAGAGCAGGCGGUCAGCGAGCAUCGAGCACAUAUCGAGGCCCAACAACACCAGCAAGUGCAGCUCCAGGAAACACUGUCUCUGCUCCGAGAACAGGAAAGCAGUCUGAAGUCUGGGCUGAUGGAGAAGGAUGCAGUGGUGAAAGAGAAGCAGGAAGGGUACAACAGUUUGCAGAAGGACUUUACGCACCAGCAAAGUAUUGUGUCAAAGCUACAAGCCGAAGCUGAAUCACUUAAUAAAGAACACACGCAGCUUCGCCAGCAGAUUAAAGAGAGAGAAGACAUGUUGAAAAACGUGACGCAACAGUGUCAGAAGCACAAAGACAAAGUCAACGAUACAAACAACACCGUGAAGUCUCUGAGGGAACAAAUCCGCGUCAUGGAGGAAAAUGCCAGAAAGCUGGAGUCUGAAGCAGAACGCAGGCGAACAGAGAUGAACAGCUUAAACAGCAACAUCCAGGCAGUGACUGAGGAAAACCAGCAGCUCCGGGCUGCUUGUGAAGCCAGAGAGAAGCAGCUUUCUCAGCAAACACAGGUUCUAUCCGACCUGGAUGGACGACUCAGAGCGACUCUUGAACAGAACUCCACUUUUAACGUGAAUAUAAGCAGCCUGACAGAAAACAAUCGGAGACUACAAGAAGAGUUAGCGCAGAACAUCAAAUCACUUUCUCAACUAACCACCGACAGGAGUUUACUUCAAGAACUCAAUUCUGGGCUUGAAAUUCAGAAGGAGCAGCUUACUGUUGAAGGAGAGGAAUUAAAAAAGAUCUUCAGGGAAAGCGAGAAGUCAAACUCUGCAGGUUUGUUUGAGAAGACAAGUGAAUGUGCUCAUCUGUCAAAAACCUUAAAGGAGAGAGAAGAACAACUUCAAAGUCUGGAAGAGCAAGUUGAUGGCUUCAAGAAGCAAGUUAGUCAACAAAGUUCACAGUUAGAAGCUCAGCAGGACCAACUGCUGCAGCUUCAGGAGACCAUAUCAAUGCUUCAGGAACAAGGACGUGUCCUCAAGUCAGGGCUGAUGGAGAGAGACACCAUGUUUCAGCAGAAAGCACAGGAGUGUAGCCUUCAUCAGACUGAAGUCGUGCAACAGAAAGCCCUCGUAUUACAGAUGCAGGGGGAGGUGGAGUCACUCAGGCAAGAGUGCGUGGAGGCGAAACAGCAGAUAGAGCUCAAAGAAAAGUCAUUAAAAGACGUAACGGAUGAGUUUCUGAACCACAGAGACGAGCUGAAUAAACGAAGCGAGUCGCUGAUCUCACUCAGCAGCCAGCUCGCUGCCAUGAACGACAGCGCUGCAGAGGCCGAGGUGGAAAUGACCAACCUGAAGAGCUCUGUGCAGAAACUCACUGCAGAGAAUUGUCAGCUGACGCAGGAGGAGGAGCAGAGGAAAGCAGAGAUGAUCGAUUCUAACGAUAAUAUUCAAGCACUGAAUGAGCAGAAUACAAGAUUCAAAUCUGAACUUCAGAAAACUGUGACAGCGUUGUCCAAAGCACACCAAGAGGUUGCACAUUUCAAAACUGCGGUCUGUGAUGUGGACAACAAAUUUAAAACUGCAGACUCGGAGAAGGAGAGGCUACAUUUGACCAUGCAAGAAAGAGAGGACUCCCUGAAACAACAGGAGCAUUUGAUCCAACAGCUCAACAGCAGGAUCACUGAGCAGGAGCAGCGGCUGCAACAGGAAGCACACGACAAUGUCAGUUUAAAUGCAAAGGUUUCAGAGAUGGAAGAUUCUGUCUGUAAACUCAGAGGACAGGUUCACAGUCUUUCUUCAGAGUCUUCUUUACUGAAAAACACUUUGGAGCAAAAAGAACGGUCAAGUCUGGAAUAUGAAAGUCGUUCCUCAGCUGCCGUUGAAAACCUCAAUUCAAAUCUACAAGCCAAAGAGGUCGAGUGUGAGAGCUUGAAAGAAAAGAGUUCCCAGCUUGAACAAUCGGUCACAAAGCUCAACAGCACCCUCCAAGCACAGAUGUCUGAAGUGGAAAAGCUGAAACAGGUGUUGGGAGAAAGAGAGGCGGCGCUUUCAGAACAAUCAACGUCUCUUCAGGAUAUUCAGAGGACAGCAGAUGAAGCGUUGCUCUUCAAAACUCAGUUCAUGGAAAGCACAGAGUUGGUGUCACAGCGACAGACUCAAAUUCAGCUGCUGUCCACUGAGUCUGAAAACCUCAAAAGGUCAACAGAAAAAACACAAAGUGCCUUUAACAACCUACAAGAGAAGUAUGCAGCCAACUUAGAGGAGCUGCGCGAUGUGAGAAAGCAAGUGUCCCAAAGGACGCACGAGGUGUCCGACCUUCAGAAGUCAUUGGACGACACCAGUAACGGACAUCAGACGGCAAAGAGCACGAUAGGAAAACUGAGAAAUGAGUUAUCUGCGAUGCAUCACAAACUUGAGAAAAGCGUUGAGCUGAACGCCAGCCUUUCAAAGGAAAAGGAAGAAGCUUUUGCUUCUCAUCAAACAAGCGUGUCACUGCUGACCGUAGAAAUAGAAAGACUCAAAUCACAACAUCUUCAAGUUGUGGCGCAAAUGAAUGCACUAACAGAAAACGUCGAGCAGAGGGAAAUGGCUCUCCAUGCAAUUAACAGUCAGUACACAUCCCAGGCCAAACAAGCAUCCCAGCUGCUUUCAGAGAUGCAGAAACUAGAACAGCAGAAUAAGAGACUAAAAGAGGAGAUUGGUUGGUCACAGGAAGAGCACCAGAAGCUUCUUACAGCUGUCCGUAAUGAAAACACACAUUUGCAAGAGGAAGUUAGAAAACAUCAGGCAGAGAGGGAAGAGCUGGAAACGAGACAUCAUCAAAUAUGGGCCUCGCAGGGGGAGCUGCAGGUUCAAAUGGAGCAGCAGUCCAGCAGCAUGAACGAAAUAAUGGAGAAAGUGAUGUCCGAGAAGGAGAGCCUUCAAGCAAAGGAGACGAGGCGGAAGAUGGACGAACUCCAGCAAACUGUAAAGAAGAUGCAGAGUUACAGACUGUCGCCCGAACAAGAGAACGGCAGCUACCAGGAAGAAACGGCAGAUCUGAGAUCUGACUCGGAGAGGACGGACGCUCAAGUCAAGGAAGUCGUUCUGGCAGGUGGCAGUGGAGCGGACGAGGCGGUGCGUCAGCUGGAGGCAGAGAGGAUGCAGCUCCACAGAGACCUACAGCGCUGCAUGUAUGAGAUCCAACAACGAGACCAGUUCCUGCAGCAACUCAACCCCAAGCUGCAGCAGGCGAUGGAGGAGAAGGGAGCUGUUGCAGCUCAGUUGAGAUCCGUUUCCCAAACCCUGAGGGACACCCAGAACCGCUGCCACUGGCUGGAAAACCAAGUCCAGAGCCAGACGCAGGGGUCAGUAUACGCUGAGGUUGCACCUGGAGCCCCCCAGGAGAGAAGCAACAACUCCAUGAUUGCUGAUUCCAGUCUGCUACAAGAAAGGCUGCUGGAGCUGGAGCAGAGUCUGACGGAGGAGAGAGCGAGGAGGGAGUCGGCUGAGGAGGCUCUGCGUCUCGCUGAGGACCGAGCAAAGAGUGUUGGCUCCAGUCCGCGGGACUUUAAUAUCGAGAUGGAGACAGAAGAGGAGUGGGAAGCUCUCAGUCUCAACCCCAGCCAGCCUCUAAUAACACGAAAGGUGAAAGGAGGCAUGGCGGCGUGUCGACACUGGCUCAGAGGGAGGAGCCUCUACUUCUCCCGGCUGCUGACGAGCCGCGCCCGCUCUCGUUAUCUCUUCCUGACCUACCUGCUCACCAUCCACGCGCUCGUCCUCAUGUGCCUCACCGGCGCCCUGUAGCCACGGCGCGCCGGGAAACUACACAUAACGGUUCGAGGUUAAAACUGAAAGUGUGUUUUUGUUUUUAACGUCCUGUGUGUGUUGUGCAGCACGGGGAGACACUACGGCGGGGGAGACGCUCCUGUUGAUGUUGAACAUUCAGUGUAAUGUGAAGUCGUCUGGGUUCAGCUGCAGGGAUGUGAAAGUGACACGUUUGUUUUGCUGUUUUCAGAUGAAAUUGUUUCAUUUUUAUUUCUCUGUCUGUUGUUUUUGAGUUCCCUUGAAAUGACUGUAUAUUCUGUUCUUUAAAUAUUCUUUGGAAAAUCAAGCCUUAAAAUAUGAUUCUGCGUCCUGCGAGGUGGUUUUAGUGUUUAGCUGUUGCAGUUUGUUGUGUUCAGAUCCAAAUAAGUAAGAAGACGAGGAACAAAGUAAAAGUAAGGACUUGAUGAAACUCUUACAUAGAAGCCUAAGAAGGUGCAGAAAGCCAUAUCCCUUCCAAACACUACGGUAUAAAUGUUUCCCCGAGCUGAGAGCAAAGCGAUCACACGUCUCACCAGCUGCUGCCUGCUUUCAUAUCUUGCACAUAAUCGUAAUGCUGAGUUCAAACUAUGCACUGAAGCUCCAAAUGUGUACAUAAUCAUGUUCUAUAAGCUCCCUGCACCCCCCCCCCUUUAAACACAAUCUCUCGUCACAUAUGGAGGGCGGCGACGCUUGGAUAUGUUUUAUUCUGGUAUCGUGGUAUGCCAUUGGACAUGUACUGCAGAGGAUAUGAAAGUACAUACUGUGUGUAUUUAUGUGUGAGAGGGUACGCUGUACAUUGUAUGUUUGUGAUGCCUGGACAGACUGGAAGGUAAAGUGUGAAGCUGCUUCCUGCUGUGUCACCUGACCCAGGUGUGUAGAACGACGCGGCUGCUGGGGAGGCUGUGACCUCUGAUGAUCUGUACAGGUGUGAUGUAUUUAUGAAACAGGUGAACUACUGAGAAAUGUUCAGGUGGUGUAUUUUCUCCACUGCCUCCAUUUGUAAGAGGCCGUGAUGCUGUUGGAGGCGAGAGGCCGGUGCAAUACUCCGCCAGCCGAGACAUUUAAUAAAGCUUAUUGAACCUUU